GUGACCUUGUGUUGCGCAGCGUGUACUAGUCUGUUCAUUUGACCGCCACGUACUCCUCUCGUCAGGUACUUACCUCUCCGCGCCGAACACGUACGGCCAAGGCGUACCAUGAUCCUCCCCUCCCCCCCUUCCUUGAUCGACGACGAGCUGCCGCCCGAUGCUCCUCCGGCGUACGACGACCUGCCACCACAGGCGGACGCUCCGGCUGUGAAGAACGAGAAGACAGAGUCAGCACUAAGUCCUGGUACGCCAUCCGCCUCCACGUUUCUGGCGACUUCCCCGGCCUCGGCAGUCUCGUCGAAGUCGCCCACGUCGCCCAGCAAGGGUGCGGAAGGAAUAUGGGCGUGGAUACCUUCCCCCGCACGUACUCGCGCAGCAGCAGAGGUUAGGGCGACUGUACUCGGGCUCAUAAGGGAGCUCAUUAAGCGAGGGGAUACUGGGCCUCCUGCGCGAUCCAUUCUAUCCAGCUGCGACGACGUGUGCCAUGCUUAUCGUCUCUCGCUCUCUUCGAUCCUCCAGGACCGCUGCGUCGAGGGUCACUCUGCCAUGUACUGGGCAGUCAUCAAGCGUCGCAAGGGCGUCGAGCUGAGUACCGACUCGCCGACCGACGUCCUUGGGGCCUUCCUCACAUUCGGCGCGCCGCUCUUACCCGUUGCCCUCUCUGAAAUCCGGCUCGCAUGCCUGCAGAAGGCAGACCAGGCCCUCUUCCAACAGCUGCGGCAGUCGCCCUCGUUCGCGCCCUUGAGCGGGAAGGACGACAUGCUGCUCAGCCCGUCGUGCGCACGCGACGAGAUCUACGUGGAGGACAUCGCGUCGGAGGACGCGUUCGCCGUGCGCUUCCGCAUCCCGAUGUUCCAGCAGCGCCUGCGGGUCUCGAAGCACAUCAGUCUGGAGUUCAUCGCGCGAGGCAGGCUGUGGUCGUUCAGAUUCCUCAUCGCCUCCGCGGACAACUACAAGCUCCGCCCGAUUGCAGAGCCUGGCAGUUGGGUCGUCACGCUCUCACUGCUCGAGCACAGCGCGCCCACCGCGAUCGACUCGCGUCUGGUCAUCCAGGACGUGUCCACGCACUCCUCUGACGCUGCUUCCUCGAGCCAGCCAGGGCAGUCGCCCCUGCGAAGCGCGAGGGUCCCGGAGCGCAGGCCGCCGAUUGAGGUGCGGCUCAAGAGCGCGGAGGACCUGGCGCCGGACACAUACGAGAACUUCAUUGCUGCAUCCUUCAAGAAGAACUCCUUCGCCGACCGUCUGCAGUACGAUGGAAGUCCGUACAUCGGCAGUGACGGCUCGUUGGACGCUACGCUAGAGGCGCGUUUGGGCAAGCCUGGGCUAGAAUGCGUCAUAUGUUAGAUGCCCUUCCUUUGUAUUCUCCUGUCACCUCUUUCCGGACCUCUUCGUCGCGCUCUCUUAGGAUUAUGGUGAGGCCUUCCCCCCUGCAUAAUCAGUCGCCGUGUCCUGACAUUCCGUUUUCUUUUCAGUUGUGUUCAUACCUGUACCAUAGACUUCUUCAUCUGGGACUUCUUCGGCGUGUAUGUGUACGAGUAGGACGUCGGGACGCGCUUACAACAUCAUUGUUCCGCAGUCUUCGCCUGUCAUGUGAACAAUUUGAGCUUUCACCGUCGCUGCGCCGGUUU